AUCAGUUGACACCAAGCGUCUUUCUACGUGCUGCGAGCUAUCAGGCUGAAAUUCCUUCUUCUGAAAAUUAGCCAAUUGAUAUUGUGUGUUUCUAUAUAAAGAUAAAGAUAUGCUGUGAGUUUAUAUAUUAUGCAUUCUUCUUGUUCGACGUUUAUAAACUUUAAUUGUAUAAUUAUAUAGUCUUUUAAUUUGUUUUCAUAUUAAUUCAUGUUUUAAUUGUGAUCCACACUUAAUUCUUCUUAAUUAUCAGAAGCAUGUUUCAGAUGAAGACUUCUCACACUGACCCGGAUACUCAAUUUUCCGGGAAGGAAUCAAAGAUUAGAGAAUUAAGGCUUGAGCCAUUAACGGGACGCAGUUUGAAGUACUGCACUGAUGCUUGUUUAAGGCGAUGUUUGGAGGCUCGAAAUUGGAAUGUUGAGAAAGCCAAGAAAAUGUUGGAGGAAACGCUCAAGUGGAGAUCAAUGUAUAAACCAGAAGAAAUACGGUGGGUUUCCAUUCGUUCAAAACAAACAGUGAUGACGAGGCAAGUGAAUAUGAUAGUACAAACCACAUCUUGCAAGUGAUCCACUUUGCACUAUCAAUCUCAUAACUACUUAAUCAACCGGUAAAUUGCUAACAAUAACAUGCUUAUAUACCUAUAGGAAAAGAAAAUGUAUUUCCUUUGCUAAUAAUUAUUAUUGUUAUAAGAUAUAAAGAGGCUGUAUUAUUAAAAUGAUGCAUAAAAAUAAUAUAAUUACAAACAUUGUAAAUGAAAUGUCGAACGGAUUAGUAUAAAUAAAAUUUGUGAUUGAAACGAAUACUUUAAAAAACUGAAAUACGCCAUCUUAAAAGCAGAUCAAAGAAUCUCUAAUAAAAAAUAUUAAAAUGCAAUAAGCUAUAAAAUAAAUAGUCAUUUAAGAAGUGCUGAUCAAAGCAAAGAUUCAAAGAAACAUUCCUCCUCUGAGAGUGUAUUAUGUCAUCUCUACAAGAAUUGCUCUCGUCUUCUUAUCUUGUCUUCAACUGUGAAAAUGGAACAUCUCAGGUUAAUUCCUGUCCAGAAAAACAGAAUGAGACAUGAACAAUGUAAAUAAUGAUCCUCAUGUUAUCUCCUGUCAAGAAAAAAUAGUGUGACUAGAGUAGCUAUGAAAUAGUUAAAACUCAUACCUGUUCAUUCUCUUUGCAAGACCUUUUAUUAUGACCAAGUUGUCUACAUUUACCACACUUAAUCAUUCCAUACUUUCUCUUAGCUUUAUGAGGAUCCUUUCCUUCUAAUGAGGAUUUGUGCCUUUGCUUUUUUGGCCUGCCUGGUGGUCUCUUUAGCAAAGGUGGCAUGAUUGGCUCAUUGUCGGUUAUAGGCCAGAUAUCAGGGCCUCCCAUUGGAUUUAUUUCACACUCAUAGGCCCUAAAAAAAUACUCUCGUGUAAAAUAUUCAUGUAUAUAGUUUUCUGGCCUACCUUUGAUAGACUUUAUGGCAGCACAAGCAUGAAUACAAGGUACACCUGUCAAGUCCCAUAACCUACAAGUACAUGUGUGGUUAUGAAGAUGAACAACAAACCUCUUAGGCCAUAGUGUAACCUCGAAUAUAACUUCCCCACAUGAAAUUGAAUUCCACCUAGUACAUUCCAUGAUGUUUUGAUUCAACUUCUUGAGUAUCUCCGGGCAUAUUGAUCCACCAUUCAACAUCAUCUUUUCCUUUUUUUUCCUCAUUAAUGUCAUUGCUUUGAUCCUUAUUUUGUCGAUAAGAAUAUCCACAUGAUUGUCUCUAUACUUUUUUAUGACUCCAUUGAAGCACUCAACUAUGCUACUUGAGAACACAUGACACUUGACAUGAUUUUGAAAAUGUGCUCUACUCCAUCUCUCAACACCUAUUCGAGUGAGAUAUUCCCAUGCAUUGUAAUCCUUUUCCUUCAUCUUAUUCAUGUUUCUGUCAAAAUCACUAGUGGUGGUGGAUCUUGCAGCAAACCAAAACAGAGAUCUUAGUUGUUCAUCCUUCCAUUUUUUCUCAAAGUUGGUAUACAUAUGACGUACACAAAAUCGGUGAUGAGAAGAUGGAUACACUUCUUCUAGUGCAGCCACAAGACCCUACCAACCAAGACAAAUAUGAAACCAAUUAGUAAACCAUAUAUAUAGGCCGAAACCAUAAUGUAAUUAAAAAAUUAUGAAACAAGUUAAUAUUAUUAAUCCUGAUAAAAACACAAAGCAAGAAGCAUUUUUAACAAUUAUGCAAACAAUAUUUACCUUUCCUUGGUCAGAAAUAAAUGUCCAACUCUCUCCACGGAUGGAUGUUUUUCCAAUAUCUGUCAUCAAGUUAUUUAAAAACCAUACCCACGUCUCUCUAGUUUCAGAUGAAACAAUAGCAUAAGCUACAAUGAAUAGACCAUUGUUCCCAUCAAGACUAACCGCUGCAAGAAGCUGACCGCGAUAGUAUCCACUUAGAUGGCAUCCGUCUAGUGCAAUUAGUGGACGACAUCCAUUUAUAAACCCCUUUUUACAUGCAUCUAUACAUACAUAUAUUCUAUCAAAUCUUGAUGGUCCAUUCUCACCAUGUUUUGGACAAAUUAAUUCAACUGUUGAUCCAGGGUUGGUCUUCAGUAACUCGGCACAAUAAUUAGGUAAUUUAGAAUACUGGUGAGCAACAUUGCCAUGAAGUGAUUGUGAUGCAUAUGCUUUUACUCUAUAAGCCUUUGCAAUACUAGCCAUGACAUUACAUUUCUUAUAUAUAAGAUCUUUCACUUCCGGACCUGUCAUGUUUGGAUGUUCUCUGAAGUCUUCAAUUAACUUAUUUCCCAACCACUUGGUAUCAGCAAAAUUUGCCUUCACUCCCUCUUUCUGACAGGUAUGACUCGAGAUAAAUGUUUUGACCUUAUAAGUUUCUGAACAUCCAACUUUGGAACAGUAUAUAAGCCACGGGCAAUCGUUCACACACUUUACACGACAUUUUAUCUUAUCUUUCUUCAAAAAGGUCAGAUUAUACAUAUUUUGAACCCCGUAGGUUUUAACAGCUUCGUAAAAAUCAUCUAUAGAUGCAAAUGAUUGUUCCAACCUGAAGUUGACAUCCCCGGGAGCUGCUUGAAUAUGCGCAGAGUCAGCUUCGUCUGCACUUGUUGGAGAUUCGGAAUCAUGGAUGCUCCUUAAUUCUGCCAAAGAUUCUAUCGUAGCUGGCUCAGAGAAAUCAGAUAAGUCACCUGUAUCACGAAAUUUAUAAAAAGUAUCAUUGGUGGCAUGUGACCAACAUGCUGGUUGUUUGUCAUCAUCGCUAUUAUAUUCAUCUAAACUCCAGUCAUCAUUUUCAGCUGCCAUCUGUAAACAAAAUUAUAAAACAACUAUCAAAAUAGUGUCAAGCAACUAAAACUUAUCUGAAAUACAGAAAAUUUAUCUAACAGAUAAUUAUAUCUUUUACCUUUUUUUAUUACAUCCAUAUCAAUUACACUCCACAACAAAAUAAUCUCUAGAUUAUACCACCCAAAUUUACUUUAACUUAGGCAUGUAUGCUCUAUGAGUUUAGAGUUUAGGUAUGUUCUCUAGUGUUUCCUUCUACUCAAUUUUGAAAUUCUAAUCUGAUCUUCACUUUAUUCUUCACUUAUGGAUAUAAUAUGUUUUUGUGAAGGGUAUAUAGGUUAUCUCAUGAUGAAAUCUAAGUACCAAAUACUUUUGAAAACACUGUUUCAUAACCACUUUCAUGAUAUCUUACAAACCAAAAUAAUUAAAAAAAAUAUAAAAAAGCACGAUCAAUGUCAAAGUAUGGUUUGACUGAGUGACUAGCUUGGUGCAUUAUGUAAUUCAAGAUGACCCUAGUUUAAACCUUAUUAAAGGAGCAUGUGCACCGUUUUUUGAUGACGAUGAUUCCUGAAAAUUAUGUUUUAAAUAAUCACAGAUGUGGUACAAGGAUGGGAGAAAGUACAAACCUUUGAUGAGAAUUGCUGAAUCUUGUAUGCGAAGAAGGAAGCAACGAAGAAGGAAGCAGCGGAGUCUGGGAUAGGUGGCUGCGUAUAAGUUUAAGCUUAUACGUAGUAUAUUUUCUAAUUCUUUAUAUCGUUAUUAAAUAUGUAUUUGUUUUUUACUUAUGUGGCGCCACAUCAGACUCUUUAAGUUGUAUUUUAACGGUGUUAAAAUUUUGAGCAUUAAAUUGAGAGAUUCUAAUACUAUAGGUCCCUAAAUGAUAGAGUUUAUCUUUCGG